AUGGCCGCUCUCAUGGCUUCCACUUACAAGGCAUACCUGGGUGUUGGGCUUGGCCCUUUAGAAUUUUUGACCAAGUUUCGCAUACCACAUCCUGGAAGAGUUGGAGGAAGGUUUUUUGUUGACAUCAUGAUGCCUUUUAUGUUGAGCUGGGUCUUAGGUGGCAAUAGCUCCAAACUUGAGGGUAGACCACUAAGUUGCAGGCUCUCAGACAAAGCAAAUGAUCAGUUACGCCUAUGGUUUGAAGAUGAUGAAGCCCUUGAGCGUGCUACUAAUGGGGAGUGGAUUUUAUUACCACAUGGAGAUAGAACAAGUCUUUCAAAGCCUAUAGUUUUAAAUCGAAAUGAGAUGAAGCCCUUCAUGGUCGGGAGUGCACCUAUGCAAGAUCAUCCUGGCACUUCAGUUACAAUACCUUCACCUCAGGUUUCUCCAAGGCAUGCUCGAAUUAACUAUAAGGAUGGUGCCUUCUUCUUGAUCGAUUUGCGGAGUGAACAUGGCACCUGGAUCGUUGACAAUGAAGGAAAGCAGUACCGGGUACCUCCUAAUUAUCCUGCUCGCAUUCGCCCAUCUGAUGUUAUUCAGUUUGGUUCUGAGAAGGUUUCAUUUCGUGUUAAGGUGACAAGAUCUGGUCCAAGAAUCUCAGAGAAUGAAACACUGACUCUGCAGGGAGUAUGA